AUGCUUCAUUACUUAAAAGUUAUUAACUGCUUGAAUGUAAUUGCAAAGUGUUGUUUUACUUUUAAACAGGAUAUACAGAUUCAAGGAGACGAUUUAGAUGAAGCUGAUUUGCUGCAGCAACCAUCACAAAGUUCAGGCCCCCAGAUUUAAUAAGUUACCCUACAAAAAACGAUUGAUUUUUCUGAUUCUAACGGCCAGUUCUGAGUCAACGUGAUUGAUUCUAGGGGGCCAUGUGUUUGUAACAUAAAUUUUUGUUUACCCUGGUCAAGUGCUAGGGUUCUGCAUUGAUCUGCACUACCUUCAACACAUUCACUCACCUAUUUCUCCUUAUCCAUGUAAAUUAGAUUUAACACGAUUCAAUGUUGACAUUUGAGUUGUUGUGUGGGAUCAUGUAUAUUUUAUUCCGACUUGUCCAAAUAAUCAAAUU